CCAGGCCGAAAGAUGGUAGAACCAUCUUCUUCUUUUCUUACUGCCCCUCCCCUUCUGCCCAUGAAGGGCUUCCGUUCCUCACGCAUGCGUAACAAGACGCUCAAACGCUUUACCCCCUCUUUCUCAUCCUCCGCCCAUCGGUUGGGAGGUCUCGUCGCUGGACAGUGACGUACAGGCGCUGGGCCGGUCGUGCUGUCUAGGGAAGCUCUCUUCUCUUUUGGUUUGUUCCCUACAAGAGGACUACGGUCUUCAUAUCUUCCAUCUUGGGGUUCUUGUCUUCAGUUGAGUUCUGGAGCAAUUUAUAGUCAUGACAGGUGCACUUCAAGAUCAUAAUGCAGCAGAAAAAUGAAAGAGCAUAGGAGAAAAAUACAACGGAGAAGUCGGUUGCUGGCCGGUUGUCGAAAAUGGACUCUGGGAUUUUGGGGGCUGAGGCAAUACUGCUUCCAAAGGAAGCGCCUUUCUCUACUUAAAAGAGAGAGGAAAGGCACUUGGACAUCUCUGAGCCUGAAACGAACUAAACCAUGCAGAAGGAAGGUUCUUUGGCUCCAGAGGAAGUGGGUUCCCGAAGUAUUCCUAAGUGCAAAUCCCAAGCAAAUUGUAUCUUUUGAUAGCAGCACUUCUCCACAAAAGAUACCCAGAAGCUCUUUUCCUAGGUGCAGAAGUGGAGGACCUGCUACAGAGGCAGAGCAGCUGGGUGGCCCAUCCUUUCGGAAUGAAGAACUGCUGAAUAAAUUUUGCGGUUUAGCAGUUGACUCAACGGUUUGUCAAAGCAAACAGUACUGCACUGAGGCCAGCAAUGCUGCCUUCCCAGUAAAAGAGGAUGGUCUCGCUCGUAAUAGGGGGGAGAGCUGUAACAGUGAAUACAGUGGAAUUAUAGUUCUAAAUAACUCUAGAAGGAAUCUCUGCUGCCGAGAUCUAAAGCAAAAUGGAACUUCUGACCACUUGAUGGUUAGGAGGCCUAGAUUUAAAAGGUGUACUUUAAAACGCAGAUCUUUAUUUAUGAUGUAUAAGAAACUUUCUAUGGUUAAGUUUCGAAUUAGAAUUGCAAAAUUUCGUCCCAAGUUUUGGAGAGGCAAAAAGUGUAAGUUGAGCAAAAGCAGGCCAAGUUGGGUGGAGAAAGUAACCAGAGAUCAGCAGGAGGACUUCUACCAAGGAGUCUUCACGGAUGGUUCCGAAACCUUGUUUUCCUGUUGGAAAUUGAAAAGUAACUCUCUCCAGAACCUGUUCAGCUUGUCAGAUAUGAACAAUCACCUGCCUGGACCAUUGAUUGAGGAUAGUCAAACUGAUGUACCUGAUGCCUGCCUUACACAGGAUGCGCUCUUGCAGUGUAGGGAGCGCCAUUAUAAGGACCUUGCAUCCAGAGACCAAAAUGGCAUUGCUGAGACCUGCAUGCCAGAGUUGCGUGGAACAGCUGCUUGUGGAGCACAGGCUGUGCACGAGGAGACGGGAGAGGCACCCACAUUGGACAGCUGCCCUGAUAUUUUCAUCUCUGUAAUGGAAAAAGAAAUCUCGGUUUCAGGUCGAGAUGAUGGCGAAUCUAAUCAGGUUAUGGGUACUGAGAAAUUAGUGCUGGUGCCCUGCAAGGUGGAUUUGGGCAUAAAUGAUGACUUUGCUAAUGGGCCUAUUCGUGGUGAGCUGGCACAGAAUGAAGACGGUCGUAGUCAGAUGGAAGUGGAAGGGCCCAUAAGCAUGGACGUCUUUGGUGUAGAGCUCUUAGAUCACCCGUACUGUAAAAGCCCUCUUGAUGAGCCUCUGAGAGGAAGCACAGGACAAAAAUCAGGGACCCAAAAAAGUGGGAAAAGAAGCAGUCAGAGAGCUUCUUGCGUCAGUGAUGAGCAGCUGGCUGUGUGGCUCUGUGGAUUCCUAGAUGAAGUAAUGAAGAAAUAUGGCAGUCUAGUUCCACUCUGUGAAAGGGAUGUUAUGGGAAGAUUAAAGGAAGUCUAUAACGAAGACUUUUCUCACAGAAAGCCAUUCAUCACUAAGGAAAUCAUGAAAUAUCAGACAAGGCAUCCCAAAUCUUCCACUUGCAAUUUCCGGGUCUUCUAUAACAAGCACAUGCUGGAUAUGGAUGAUCUGACAACGCUGGAUGGUCAGAACUGGCUAAACGACCAGAUUAUCAAUAUGUAUGGCGAGCUAAUAAUGGAUGCAGUCCCUGACAAGGUGCAUUUCUUCAACAGCUUUUUUCAUAGACAGCUGGUAACCAAAGGAUAUAAUGGGGUAAAACGAUGGACUAAAAAGGUGGACCUCUUCAAAAAGACCCUCUUGUUAAUUCCUAUUCAUCUGGAAGUCCACUGGUCCCUAAUUACUGUGAAUCUCCCUAACCGAAUUAUUUCAUUUUAUGACUCCCAAGGCAUUCAUUUUAAGUUCUGCGUAGAGAACAUACGGAAAUACUUGCUGACAGAAGCUAGAGAGAAGAAUCAUCCUGAUUUCCUUCAGGGUUGGCAGACUGCUGUUACAAAAUGCAUUCCACAACAGAAAAAUGACAGUGACUGUGGAGUUUUUGUGCUCCAGUACUGCAAGUGCCUCGCCUUAGACCAGCCUUUUCAGUUCUCCCAGGAAGACAUGCCUAGAGUGCGAAAAAGGAUUUACAAGGAGCUCUGCGAAUGCCGGCUAAUAGACUAAUAAAAAGGGGAGGGGGGAAGGCUAUUGCUUUUGGCAUUUCUGAAGAGCCCAGACUGGUAUUUUAUGUACUUGAAUUUUCUGAGAAACUUCCAUGGAUUUCAAACGAGUCUUGGCGGAGCAGUUGUGGCCAACAUAAUUACCUCAGACUUUUUUCUGAUGUGCUCCUUAACCGGUGGACCUGUCACAAAAUAUUCCCAAUGUCAGUUGUUGGUUUUUUUUCUAAUGUUCUUUCCUGUAUUUAAUAUUUAUUAUCUUAAAACGCAUGUGCAUAGGCAAAGCAUGCGACUAAACGAGAAGUAUAAAUCUGUAGAAUCGGUGCACUUUUUGAAACGUAGCUAGAAAUGAAGAGAAAUAAUACAGGUUAAACUUUUUUGUCUGAAAACAUUUUUAAAAAAGUGCAUGUUCCAUUUUUUCCUCUGAUGCAAUAAUGCUUUGAAUGUACAAAGAAACCCAAGGCCAUAACAAGAGCAGUUAGGACCUUUUUUUCCUUCUAAAAUGUGGAACUAUUCCUCCUCCCUGCCUUUUUGUUCUAAAUUCCCAUUAAAUUGGGAAGAAGAAAGAUGUGUUGGAAACUGGCCGACAUAAUUGAUUUGUGGAAGUCCAUUACUGUUUUUAAGUCACUGUAACUUUGAAAAAAAACCCUUCUGUUAGAUGGCUACUAGAUCAGCCUACAGUUCAAAAACAAUCCCUUGUACACGAGACUCUUUAGUCCUAAUAAAAUACGGAGAUGCUCGUUCA